UCUAUAUAAUCAGCGCGCAUCGUACCCAGUCAGCCAACAGUGUUAGUAUUCCUCUCUGUUUCGGCACAUUUGUGUGAGUGUUAGAUACGAUUUACUAAGCCAAUCACAAUAAUAAACUCGUUUUAGUAAGUAAAAAUAACCAAAUUGAAGUCGUGUUCGGUAAUAAUAAUCAUAACAGUAAUUCAAAUAUUUACACGUUGCAUUUAAUCUCAGCAAUCUUGUCUUGUCUUGGUUAAAAGCAAGUAACAUAUUUCGGACACAAGUCAAAAAGAUCUCAUUUUUACAGUCAUCCUAUGAUUAGACAAAGGAGGCCAAGCCGAUCUCGUUCCAUUAUAUUAUGGGGUGGUUUUUUACUGUUAUAUGCCGCACUUACUGCAAUCAUAGAUUGUACAAUAAGUACAGAAACAAAUUUAACCAUAACACAAUUUAAUGAAGAGAAACAAUAUUUCACUCCAAUAACACCUCUUCAUUCAUCUACUCUUAUUGUAGGUGAUUCAAGUUUAAAAUCACCAAAAAAAGAUGUUUCUACUACUUCUGUUAAUGAUCUGAAAGUAUCGUUAUCAUUGCCAGUGAACUCAACAAUUAGUAACGUUACUACCACAGAGACCUCUGAGAUAUGUACUCCACCAGCUAUAAAACAGUUUCCACGUCCAUUUAUGAGACCACACAUUAGACGAAGAGGAGGCGUUAUAUUCCACAUAAUACUUUGUAUUUACAGUUUUUUAGGAUUGGCAAUAGUUUGUGAUCAUUAUUUCGUCAAAUCAUUGGACAGGAUUUGUGAAGAACUUAAAGUAAGUCCUGAUGUUGCGGGAGCCACUUUCAUGGCAGCAGGUAGUUCAGCACCAGAGUUAGCUACAGUAAUAAUAGGAGUCUUUUUGGCUAAAGAUGACAUUGGUGUUAGCGGUGUUAUUGGAUCUGCUGUGUUUAAUAUUAUGUUUGUAAUAGCGAUUUGUGGGCUGGCUUCAACUACAGUAACAUAUCUGAAUUGGUGGCCUCUUUGCAGAGAUUCGUUUUUCUAUACUAUUAGUAUUCUCAUCAUGCUAUUAGCAAUAUACAAUGAGACAAUCACCUGGAUGGAGAGUUCUCUUUUGUUGUUAACUUAUGUGAUAUACUGUGUAGCCUUAUACUAUAAUUUAUACUUAGAAGCAUGGGCUAACACGUGGAAUUUACCAUUUCCGCCUAGAAAUCAUGGACAAAUAAAUGAACUAUUUACUGAAAAAACAGUUCUUGAAGGAGACGGGGAAAAAGUUCCAGAACAGAUACAACUAACGGGUACUAAAAGUCAAGGGUAUGAUACAACAGGAUCUACAGGUUUGGAUCAACAAGAAUUAAAUCAAGAAAAAUCCAAAACCCGACCACAAAACCCAGAUUUUUAUGUACCGAAAGAAUACCAAGAGGAUAAUGAACCUGACCCACUAGUGAAACCUAAUAAUGCAACUCUCACAGAGCAAAUUCAAUGGGCAGUAUUGUUUCCUAUUUAUUAUCUAUGCCAUUAUACCAUGCCAGACUGUCGCAAAGAACAAUUCAAAAGUUGGUACAUUUUAACGUUUAUUAUAUCAAUGUUUUGGAUAUCUGUCUAUUCAUAUAUAAUGGUUUGGAUGAUCACAGUAAUAGGAAAUACUCUUGGAAUACCCGACACUGUUAUGGGCCUUACGUUUGUCGCAGCUGGAGUUAGUGUACCGGAUGCGUUAUCAAGUUUAGCCGUCGUUAAAGAAGGAUAUGGUGACAUGGCUGUUUCUAAUGCAGUGGGUAGUAAUGUUUUUGAUAUACUUGUAUGUUUGGGAUUACCUUGGUUCCUUCAAACUGCCAUAUUUAAUCCAGGAAGUACUGUAAAAGUAUACAGUAAAGGUUUGACCUACUGUACUUUAACACUUCUUUCUACCGUUGUUUUCCUAUUGGUAGCUACUCAUAUGAAUGGAUGGAAAUUAGAUAGAAAAUUUGGAGCUGUUCUAAUGUUGUGGUAUUUGAUUUUUAUUGCUAUUGCUAGUUUAUAUGAGCUUAAUGGCACAAUGAAUCCGCCCAGCUGCUUAACAGAUUAUUAAAUUAUUAAAGUUAAAUUUCAUCUUAUUAUAGAUUAUUUACAAAUAAUUAUUACAUACAACUUAUUUUUUGAUUUUUAAUUGAGUUUAUUAAUCAUAAUUUCGUUUGAACUAUUAUUAACCUGUCGCAUUCGACAGUUCAGCGUCCUGUGAUUUUUAUAUGUUAAUUAAUAAUGUAUGUCAUGAAUAAAAGUAAUGUUAUUAAGAUACUACUGGAAUGCGUUUGAAAUAUCUAUAAAAUCUAAUAACAUAAAUUUAUGUGAGAUGAUUUGUGUUUAGUACACGUACACAAUAUUAAGUAUUUAAUGUAUUUAUGAUUGCUUUGGUUAGUAAAAAUUGAAUAAACCAGGAUAGAAUAAUAUAUUGAAUUGUGUUUCUAGUCAGUCAACGUAGCAUUUAUAGCACGAUUAUUAUUUAAAUGAAAAUAUUUAUAUUAUUAUUUUUGAAUAUAUUCAUUGAGAACUUUAAUUGAUAAAUUAUAUUAUUUAAGACUUUAUAAAAUGUAUUACUACUAAAUUUGUUUUUUUAUAUUUAAUUCAUUGGUUGUUAUAAAUAUUUUUCUUAUGCAUAAAACCGUGUAAUGUUAUGUACUUAAAAAUAACAAAGUGCCAUAAAUCAUUAAAUGUUUUUAAAACUAACAAUUAAUGGAUGAUAAGCUUAUCUUUUUAAUUACUGCCAUUACUGUUUUCUUGUUAAUUUUCAAUGAUGGUUCUUUUAUUUUUUUUAUUUUAAUAUAAUAUUUAAAUUAAGUAUAAUAAAUAAUUUAAUGAUGACAAUAAUUAGAUGAUAAUUAAAAUUAAAGUUAUAUAUGUUAUUAUUAGUUAAAUAAUAAAAUGUCUGAUUUUAAUAAUAAUGAAUGUCUAAAUGUAUUAUAUUAAUGUAAGUUAUAAAAUGUUUAUUAUUAUGGUUAAGUUUUGAUCUUUAACAAAACUUUGAAAAGAGAAGAAUAAAUUAUAAUGUAAUGUUAACAAAGACAAGCAAAUCAGAUUAAUGCUACAUCACAAACCUUUUAUAGAAGUUUUUUAAGUUAAAUCUGUUUUUUUUUAUAAAAUACAGUAACUUACUUAUUUUAUCUAUAAUAUUAUAGUUUUAUUAAAAAUUUAUUAUUUUUAUUCUAUAAAAAGGGUUUAUAGUUUUAAUUAUACAAUAAUAUGAUUUGCUAUUAUUUAAUAAAAUUAAGCUUCUCUAUAAAAGAAGAAAUACAGAAGUUAUCCAUAAGAAAACAGUACAUAUUGGCCAUACUCUGUUAUAUUUCUUAAAUAUUUUUUUUUUAUAAUUUGUCAUAUACACUUCUCUUUAUUUACUGGGUGUAAUCAAGUUUUAAAUUAGCUUAUAAUACUUAUAUUUAUUUGUAAUAUAUUCCUUAGUUAUAUGAACUAAAUUAUAAUCUAGGUUAUUUACUUUAUUAUUUUAUAUAUUGUUAUACCUUUUUGUGUGAAAAAGGCUGAAUUAAGUAUUAUUUGAAAUGUUAAUAACCUUAACAAAACUAUGUAGCAAAAUAAAUAUACUAUAAAUAUUAAAUAUUGUUUUACUCAAUAAAAAAUUAUUUAUUCACAAUUUAAACAGAGACAGUUUUUGUGAAUUCAAUGAAUUUGGCACUUUUUAAGAGCCAGUUGGCUUUCAUAUAAAAAUAUCGACAAAUAUACUUAAAUCACCUCUAUUUUUUUGUAUAAUUACUUGUGGGUACAUUGAUCAUACUUAUUAAAUAUUAUUCUUUAUAAUAAAAUUUGAAUAUUUUUAAUUAACAAAUUUAUUAUAAAUUUAAAAUUAUGUAAAUUUUCUUAUUGAUUAUUCAAUAAAUUAAUAAAUUGUUUAGAUUUGUUGUUGAGUCUGAAACAAUUUAUAGAAAAAUUAAUUUUGUUCUAUAAUUUAAAUAAAUAUAUAAUAUAUCUGUGCCUGACUGAUUUAAUAAAAAGGUUAAAAAUGUAUUAAAGCAUAGUCGUGUUUAAAAUUUUGCUAUAAUUAAAGAAAAUAUUAUUGUAUAAAAUAUUACAUUUUAGAACAUAUAAAUAAUGGGUGUCCAUUUGAAGUAGAAGUGACGACUCCUUUCAAUUUUUCUGAUUACUAAUAAAAAAAAAAUAGUUAAGUCUGCAACCUUUGAAAAUUUUACAAUAAGUAUUAUGCUAUUAUUUUAGUUUUUAUUAUUGAUAAAUAAUAAAUUUAUUAUUGGGGAGGGUGAUUCAAAAAAUUUUUAGUUACU